AUGUAUACUUCCUUCCAUGUACUGCUUUUGCUGCAUCCCGUAAACUUCGAUGAUGACUUUGACCAGUUUGAUAAGCCUGGUGCGGAGCGGUCCUGGAGGAGAAGAGCUGCGGACGAGGACUGGGACAGUGAACUUGAUGAUGACUUACUUGGAGAGGAUUUGCUCUCUGGCAAAAAGAAUCAAUCGGAUUUGUCAGAUGAAGAGCUAAAUGAUGAUCUCCUACAGAGUGAUAAUGAAGACGAAGAAAAUUUCUGUGCUCAGGAUGUCACGAUCAGUCUGACGGCCACGUCAGACAUGGUCACGUCGUUCGAGAUGUCUGACACUAAUGACCAGUCUGCAGAGCAGGAGUCCGAGUAUGAGCAAGGCGAGGAUGAGCUCGUCUAUCACAAGUCGGGUGGGUCUGAGCUGUAUGCUCACGAGUACCCAGAAGAGGGGCCGUACGAGGGCCCCGACGCCGAGCUCCCGGAGGACCACAUAGAGUACGUGGAGGGGCCCGAGGAGGAGCCGCUGUUCAACGACGAGGUCCUGGACAUCGAGAUCAAUGAGCCCUUAGACGAGUUCACAGAUGAAGAAUACUUGCAGGCUUGUGGGCAACAAGGGAUGAAAGAGCAGGAAGACUGUGUUGCUGAAGAGGAAUUAGAUGAGAUUACUGAUUCCCAGGUUGAUCCUGAAACCGAAGAGGGAGGCAUGGAGACUUUGGAGCUGCAGAAGGACAUCAAAGAAGAGUCAGAUGAAGAAGACGAUGAUGAUGAAGAAUCUGGACGAUUACGUUUCAAAACUGAAAGGAAAGAAGGAACAAUUAUUAGGCUCUCAGAUGUAACUAGAGAGAGAAGGAACAUUCCAGAAACUUUGGAGCUUUCAGCAGAAGCCAAAGCUGCGUUGCUUGAAUUUGAAGAGAGGGAGCGACAGCACAAACAGGGCCGCUACGGCUCCAGGCGGGGAGGAAGGAGAGGAGGCUCGUCCGUGUGCCGUGGUGUCGGAGACCAGAGGAGAGAGAGCAGCGAGCGGGGGCGCGCCAAGGACCACAGGCCCGCCCUGCUGCCCGCACAGCCGCCUGUGGUGACGUACUCUCCAAGAUUAAUUCCUCCUCCACAGCCUCAGCCACCGCCGCCGCCGCCGCCGCCUCCACAGCAGCCGAUCCGCAGUCUGUUCCAGCAGCAGCAGCUCCAGCCUCUGCUGCCCCUGCAGCACCCGCACCACCCCUCCCCUCCACAGGGGAUGCACAUGCCGCCCCAGAUCGAGGCCCCCCGGGUGAUGAUGACCCCUCCUCCUGUGACCCCGCAGCAGCCCAAGAACAUACACAUCAACCCUCACUUCAAAGGGGCCGUGGUGACGCCCGUUCAAGUGCCCUUGCUGCCAGUCCCGAGCCAGCCGAGACCUGCGGUGGGACCCCAGAGAUUCCCAGGCCCUCCGGAGUUCCCGCAGCACACGCCCGGCCCCGUCCCUGGCAGCUUCAGCCAGCCGCCCCGGCUCCCCCUUCAGGACCAGUGGAGGGCCCCGCCCCCACCCCAGGAGCGAGACCCGUUCUUCCUGGGAGUUUCAGGUGAGCCAAGGUUCCCGAGCCAUCUCUUCCUGGAGCAACGAAGUCCCCCCCCACCGCCGCCUCCUCCCACGCUCCUCAGCAGUGGUCACCCUGUGCCCACGCCCAGCCCCUUGCCCUUCACCCAGCCCGGCCCAGCGUUCAGUCAGCAGGGGCAGCAGCCUGUGUUCCCCAGAGAGAGGCCCGUGAGGCCAGCCCUCCAGCCGCCGGGGCCAGUGGGGCUCCUGCACUUCAGCCAGCCGGGGUCCGCAGCCACACGGCCCUUCAUCCCUCCUCGCCAGCCCUUCCUGCCGGGCCCCGGACAGCCCUUCCUGCCCACCCACACGCAGCCCAGUCUGCAGGGGCCGCUGCACCCCCCGCUGCCCCCGCCACACCAGCCGCAGCCACAGCCGCAGCCGCAGCCCCCGCUGCAGCCCCCGCUGCAGCCCCCGCUGCAGCCGCCCCCGCCGCACCAGCCUCCACACCAGCCGCAGCAGCACCACCACCACCUCUCCGUGCCGCCCCCGCCGCUGAUGCCCGUGGCUCAGCCCCAGUUCAGGCCUCACAUGCCGGCGGCCCAGCCUCAGCCCAGCAGCAGCCGGAUGCAGUGCCCCCAGCGCCCGGGGCUGCGGCACAACACUACUUCUCAGAAUGUAACCAAGCGACCAAUGCAGCAAAUGCAGCCAACUGCUCCGAGAAAUAGUAAUUUGCGUGAAUUACCGAUCGCGCCGUCGCACGUUAUAGAGAUGAGUACCAGUCGCUGCUCCUCCACACCUGCAGCUCAAGUGAAACCCAUCACGAGCACGUCUCCGCCCUCGAGGCCCGGGGUGGGACCCAGGAACACGCAGGGGAAGACUGAAGGGAGAGUCAAGCCACUUAGCCCUGUGGGUCAGCCUAAAGAGGAAGCAAAGACAGAACCAGAGUCUCCUGAUGAAGAUGAGGAGACGCGGCUGUACCGCCUGAAGAUAGAGGAGCAGAAGCGCCUGCGGGAGGAGAUCCUGAAGCAGAAGGAGCUGCGGCGGCAGCAGCAGGCGGGCGCCCGGAAGAAGGAGCUGCUCCAGAGGCUGGCCCAGCAGCAGCAGCUCUGCGCCCCGCCCGCCCCCGCCGCCCCCGCGGAGCAGACGCCCGCCCUGCCGCCCGCCAACGGUAGCCCGCUGCUCCCCUUCCCGGGGCCUCCGGUCAGACCCAACGUGAAAAACAGACUGCUCGUGAAAAAUCAGGAUGCGGCCGUUGCAAACGUUCUGCCCAAAGCAUCGGGGUUUGUGCCGUCUGGUGCUCACACACAGUAUCCAGGACAACAGCUGAAACCACUGAAACACUUGAGACAGGCCAGAACCAUACCUCAGAGUCCAGCUCAGCACAAAGUCCUGCAGGUAAAGCCCGCCGACGGGGAGGGCCUGCCGCCCUCCUCGCAGACCGCUCGAGCCGCAUCCCUCCAGGGCCGGCCCCCGGAGGCCAAGCCUGGCACCAAGAGGACUGUCAUGCACCGGGCCAACAGUGGCGGCGGAGAUGGGCCGCACGUCAGCUCCAAGGUCAGGGUGAUUAAGUUGUCAGGCGGGCAGGGAGGAGAGAGCGAUGGCUUUUUUCACCCGGAGGGCCAGCCUCAGCGGCUCCCUCAGGCCCCAGAAGUGAGGCAGCAGCCCGCCCGCAAGGUGACGCUGACCAAGGGGGCCCUCCAGCAGCCCCAGCACCCUGCGGUAGGUGCCCACAUGCACGCAGCUGGCCCGCCAGGCAUCAAGAGCAUCCAGGGGAUCCACCCGGCCAAGAAGGUCCUCAUGCACGGGAGAGGCCGGGGCCUGGCAGGAGCGAUGGGCCGGGGACGCCUGAUGCCCAACAAGCAGAACCUGCGGGUGGUGGAGUGCAAGCCUCAGCCCUGCGUCGUGUCUGUGGAGGGGCUCUCCUCGUCCACCACUGACGCCCAGCUGAAGAGCCUGCUGACGUCGGUGGGGCCCAUCCAGAGCUUGCAGAUGCUCCCCCAGCAGCGGAAAGCCAUAGCGAAGUUCAAGGAGCCAGCACACGCGUUGGCGUUCCAGCAGAAGUUCCACAGGCACAUGAUAGACCUGUCCCACAUAAACGUGGCCCUGAUUGUCGAGUGACCACUGCGGACGGGCUGACCGGGACGCCGCACACACACUGUGGAACUCCUCCGGAGCUGCGCGCAGAGGCCCCACGAGCCGUCUCUCCGUCCACAGCCCUGCCAGGCCGUUGUCCAAGGCGCCCGACGGCCCAGCACCAAUUCCAGAAGAGCUGGACUUGCGGGACGUGGCAGACUCGAGUCGCUGUUAGAGCGUUCACGUUCUGUUGGCACCACAAAGAACUACAGUUCCAUUUUCUUUUGUUUUCCAAGUGCUUACAAUGCAUGUAGACGUUGUUCUUUGUGAUCUUACUGUAUGAUCGAGUCCAGUGACCUAGGGUCAGGAGAGACCAUCACCGUCACAGAUUCUCAGCAUUUUUCACAGCAAAGAACAUUUGAUAAUGGUUGCACUUAUCUUCAGUGCAGGCUAGACGAGUGUCUCCUCACCCGCCUCCACGCGCGUUCCUUUCUCAGAAGGCCCGCCAGGGCUCUUGUGAACAUGCAGAGGCAAAUUCGGGUGGUGAUAUCCUGGGAAGCAGGGUAUGCGGGUGGCUGGGAGUGGUGUCAGUGGUGCAGCAGAUUCUGCUUCUUGUAAAUAUUCCCAGAGCGCCAGCUGUAAUACGCCCAGUUCCAGAGAGAACGCCCCUUUCUCCACGCUGCCCAGAUAGCAUGGAGAUGCUGGUGGGUACCGGUGUGAGCCCGCCCAGGCUGAGCGCAGGCUAGGGGCCCCACUGAGUGAGGGUAGGCCAGCCAGAAGCUUGAAAGGGUGUGUUUGGUUUUUUCCCCUUUUUAGACACAGCCCCAAGAGGCAUAGUCACGUCACUGGCUCUGUGAUACAUACGUGACUCUGUUGGGAAACCUGGUUAUCGCUGCUGUGACGAGCGUUUUCUUCUUUGAAGGCCUUUUGAGCAGGGCUGCGUUGUCCUUCAGUGGACCCCAGAGCAGGGGGCUGUUUGCACGGGCGUGUGGGCGGGCGGCUCGGGGAUGCGGGUUAGCUUCAUUCAGGUGAGAUGCUCGCUCCCUGUAAAGUCAUCUUCAGUAAAAUUCGUUCUGGGCAAACGAUGACAAAAGUGCCUUAAAGUAUUUGUGCUCGUGAAGGAGUCUCACUGUUUGGGUUUAUUCUAACAUGGCCUGAACUAUUGGAGCAAAUGGCAACUGGGGCAUACUCAGACUUUUUAGCUGAAUUUUAUACCUAAGAUUUCCUGUCACAUUUAUUAGUAGAAUUAAGGGAAACAGACGCCUGUUGCUGGUUAGCGCCCCUAGUCAGCACAGUGAGACCCCUCAGCGGGGCGCCCCUUUCUCAGCUUUCUCGUGGGGAGCUGAGACACAGGUCAUGUGAUUUUGUAUCUUCUUGUUUUCACAGUUGAAAUUUUAUGUUUUUCAAAUUAAGUCACCAGAACUGGAGGGGAGUAUUGAGACCCGUGAGCCUCUGUAGCGCUGACUCCACAGUGCUCCACGUGCUAGGAGGGAGCCUGCAACGUGAAGGUGGGUGCUGAUGGCCGCUGCUCAAAGGCUGCACGAAGAGUGCACACGAAGCUGUAGGCACUUGUAGAUUACCUCUCGCUGGGGGCGCCUGGCCACCCGCGCUCCAGAAAGCCCUGCCUCACCCGUGGGGGCUGGUGGUUGUACCUGCCUGGCCCCAGGUGCUCUAGUGGAGCGUCUGGCGACUGGCGCGCCCGCCCCUCUGCCCGUCUUUACAAGUAGAUGCAGGUGUGUUCACCUCGUGUGGCUCAGUCCACAGAGAGCUGGGUUGAAGCUGCAAGUGGGGUACUGCAGGUGCCAUGCGGGGGGUCCAGGCCACCUCCCCUCCCUGGGCGGCAGGAGGCUCACAGUUAAGGGGCUUGCUGAAGGCUUGAUGACGCAGUGAGCCUACCGAUUUUACCACCGUUGGAAACAGUCUGAGCGUGCUGUGACUUGGAAGCUAUAAAUCUGCUCGUUGUCUCCAUAAUGUAGCUAGGCAUACUUUUUUCUAGUUAGUGAUAACAAACGAAUCCUGUUUGUGCACCUUUGUUCACGGCGGACCUCAUAGCUACCCUAAGGUCUGCUUCUGUGUUGUCUGAGCCCGACAUGGUGCCCUGGGACAUGUGUGCAUCUGUAACUGUCUGCACACACCCGGAACACACUUUCUCUGGAUGGAAUGUUCUUGAAUGGCUGUUGGCUAAGUCAGCCAGGCCUUCUGUCAAGGCCUGGUUAGAUAGGCUCCCCAUGGUCGCCUCCUGACACACACAGCCCGUGGGCAUGGGCUGUCAGAGCCGGCCAGGCCUGGGGACGCAGCUUCGGUUUCCUUGAGGAAACUGGGAAAGGAAGGAAGCAGAAUUAGAAGGGAGCGCCGUUCCCAUCCUGUGCACCUCGUGCAGUGCAGUGCGAUCAGCCCACCGCACGCUGAACCCUCUGGGAAGAUCUGUUGCAACCAUUAUCUUUGUUCUUUAUUUAUCAUGCAUUUAAAGUGAGAUGCAGAAGCAGUUAACACACUAUGUAAAUAUGGACCUUUUAAAAUUAAAACGUUAUUGGAAGUGCUUUCAAUUCAGCAACAUCGUAGCUAUUUGUUAGUUCUUUUGUGUUGUCUUAUCAAAGUUUAAUGGAUACAGUUCCAUAAUGUUGAUGUGUUUGUGUGUAUAUUCGAUUUUUAUAAAGAUGGUAGUAAGUCAA